AUGUCCAAGGCCACUUUCGCUGCCAUUGCAGCAGCCAGUGCUGCCACCGGAGCCGGAAUCACUGCCCUCUUCUACAACCAAAGCCCCCGUCCCCAACAGCAGCCGUCGCAGCCGCCGCAAAGAGUCGGCACCUUCGACAGCGCCGCUCCCACACCCACCACAAAACCCUUCCCCAGACCCGGAGCAACCCCCGGAGCCCCCGUCGACCCAGCCGGCAUCCUCCAAUAUGGCUUCCCGGGCCCCAUUUCCGACACCAUCGCUGCAGCCCCCCUGCACGGCGCCUACGACCGCCGCACGCGCAAUCCCGCCUGGGUAGCCGAACACAUCACCCCGCAGUCGCUCGCCAUGAACAACGCAGACCGCAAACACAGCGCCUUCGCCGAGGACCAGUCCAUCCCUGCGCCCUUCCGCGCCCGUCUCGCAGACUACUUCCGCUCCGGCUACGACCGCGGCCACCAGGUCCCUGCCGCGGAUGCGAAAUGGUCGCAGGCUGCGAUGGACGGGACGUUCGGGCUGACGAAUAUGUGUCCGCAGGUCGGGGAGGGCUUUAACAGGGAUUAUUGGGCGCAUUUUGAGGGAUUCUGUCGCGAGUUGGCGAAGAAGUAUCCUUCUGUGAGGAUUGUGACGGGGCCGUUGUAUCUCCCGCAUAAGGAUGCGGAUGGGAAGUGGCGGGUGAAUUAUGAGGUUAUUGGAAAUCCGCCUAAUGUUGCUGUGCCGACGCACUUUUACAAGGUUAUCUAUGGUGAGGAUGGGACGAAUAGUCCGUCGAGCAAGGUUGCGCUGGGGGCGUUUGUAUUGCCUAAUGCAAGGAUUCCAAAUGACAGGCGGUUGGUGGAUUUCGAGGUUCCUCUUGAGGUUGUUGAGCGGGCGAGUGGUCUUGAGUUUGCGUCCAAGUUGGAGGCGAACCGUCGCAAGAGACUGUGCCAGGAGGUCAAGUGUGAGGCGGUUGUGCGCGAGUUCAACAACUCUAGGCGCAACUAA